AUCCUAAGAGGAUAUACCAAACUUACAUAAAUCUAAUGAAAUAACUUUCUCGUCUCUCAACGAUACUGUGGAUCUACGCUUCACAAACAAGGAAAUCACAUGCAUGUGUUACUAGUCAUUGUGUUUAUAUCAGCUGUAGCCGGUUAUCCAAUAGAAUACCAGGAGCAUGACAUAGCCUUAUUAUCGGCCUCUUCAGGAAAAGCUGAGCCUGUGGCUUACCCAAAGUACCGCUUCGAGUACGGAGUUAAGGACGGCCAUACCGGCGACAUCAAAGAGCAAUCCGAAGAACGUGAUGGAGACGUCGUCAAGGGAGAGUACUCUUUAGUGGAGCCAGAUGGUACGGUGCGUAAGGUGCAAUACGAAGACGACGGCCAUAGCGGCUUCAACGCGGUAGUCACCAGGUCGGGGCAUGCGGUUCAUCCACCCACUCACGAGAAAUUAGCCAUUCCGGUAGCUUCCUAUGCAGGAUAUCACCGUUGAUUGUAGAAUUUAAAUAAUCUCAGUUAUCAAAUAAUUUAUGACCAAUGGAUAUGUAAAUUCGUUGUCUGAAUUUAAAGGAAACCUUACUACGGUGUUUGUAAAAUUAUGUUUUUGAGAAAUAAGGCUAAAAAGUUACUGAAAUGUUAAAAUAAAAACGUUUUUACAUUUUCCCAUUAAGUACCUAAUAAUUCUGGGUAGUACCUAAUAUGUAAGAUUUUGCCAUUAAAGUAUUUCUUCAGUUGUAGUAGUAAUUAUUAGCAUUUGCUGUAAAAAUUUUUUUGGAGUUUCAUACAGUGUUUUCUGUUUUCACUUAGAA